CUCGGGCGCUUCUCAGAAACUUUCCCGAAGUUUAUGCGGCCGAUCUUGUAAACUGACAGUGUCGCUUCAGUGUUGCGAGUCUUUGAGAACAUGACUGAUGGUCAAACCAUCUCUGGCCACGGCUCCUCUGACCUUACUAGUACUCUUGCGUCCCCCAGGGCACUGAGAUGUCUGCAAACCACACAAGUCUCGACGCGGCCGCCGCCGACCGUAAGGCCCGCCUGGCCAAACUUGCGUCCCUCAAGCGCAAACAACCAGACUCCGAUGUUACGGUUACGGCUGCAGCCCCAAAAGAUGCGAACGAGCAAGAUGAGAGCAACACUUCCGUCGCAGACAGAUAUCUUUCAGGACGCAACUACGACGUCGCGUCGAAGAACGCGAAACUUGGGUUUGAGAAUAUUCCCAUCGCCAACGUCGAGACCUUAGAAGAACAGGCAGAACGCAUAGCCAAUGCUACUGCUGAACAAGCUGCGAAGGAGGAGGCCGAAGCAGAAAAAGGCAUCGACCUGUUCAAGCUGCAACCGAAAAAGCCUAAUUGGGAUUUGAAAAGAGACUUGGCGGAAAAGAUGAAGAUCCUCGAUGUUCGAACGCAGAAUGCUAUCGCAAGAUUGGUGAGGGAGCGUAUAGAAAAUGCAAAGAAAGAGGCCGCUAGCAAAAGUAAGCCCGCGCAAUCGGACGGUGUUGGCGAUCAGGGCGAGGAAGUGGGCAUAGAGGGCAACACGCUUGUCGAGGGCAUCCAUUUGCGGGAGCAGGAGGAACAGCAAGACGCCGCUCUACAGGAGGAAGAUGAAAUUCCGUGAUACGGCCGACGCCAAAGCCAAUAUGCCACUCAAAGUGCGCAAGAUUGGAGAUAUCCUGCAACCAGCCUUGCUCGACGGUCUCGAAGCCAUCGGAGUUCAACCAGGACAGGAAUCCGCUCGAGCCCUCUCGAUGACCGCUUCCACCCUCGUUCGGGUCAUGGCUUCAGCGCCAGUGCUUCCCACAAUUCCUCUCGACACCGCCAGUCCACGGUGGAAGGAGCCCAAGACCGUCCUGUUCCAGGUCGACGUUACGGCAGCCUCCAACCUACCUAGGUAGACUAUAUUUGGCGCCGCCUGCAUGCAGGCACAUGAACGAACAUGAAGGCGAAUGAGGGAAAUGCGCAUUGAGACUUCCGCCUAUCCAGGGGCGAUAACACUCUAUCGGCACCAGAAAUACGGUCGCGGUGGCUUGGGAAUGGUGAUAUAGAUACAUGUCUUAGGCGACUGAUCAAAGUUAAGCGGAAGACGCCGAGAUAUCGAGUUAUGCAUUGAUGAAGGCUCCACAAAGUAAAACAAGCCAAACAAGCACCCGAGAGAGACUGCGCCUCCAACGCCUGACUAGUCAAAACGACACACCCACGCCGUGCGGUCCAUAGACAGUUUGCAAACCCAGGUAUUAUCAUAACAGGGCGACUCUCACUAGUUCACAUGUUCAUUGCUUGCGUUAAAGCCAGUCGUUUGCUGUACGGACUCAGACUGCGUUCCCGGCGAACCUCCUUGCGAGGCUGCUGAUAGGAGUCCGACCGGGCUUCCCUGGGCGACCUCCGUUCCUCUGCGUGUUGACCUUCCUGCCGGUAAAAUCUGGGCCGGUGCUCGAAGCUGUGAUCUGAUUCGCCGAGCGACCUUCUAUGCUUGGUGAUUUGGCUCUUGUCCAUGCUAGGACUGUUACUCCGACUGCGAUGGCUUCCGCGGCGCUUGGAACUCGGCCUGCCUCGGUCAAUGGGACUGAUCGUUCGAUGGCGCCUACUUUUUCGGUGAGAUCCUGGCAGCCGCGGAGGUGAUCUAGAGGACCUGGAAUAUGAAGAAGAAACAGAUCGAUGCCUCCGUUUGCGAGAUCGAUUGGAUGGCGGCGUUCUGGAGCGUAUGCGGCUGUUUCUGUCUCUGGUAGGGUUCCCACUCUCCCGCCCACGCAGAGGCGAGGGCGAGCGGGAAGGGUCCUUGCUAGUCGAUAUUGUUGAUACUGAGCUGGAAGAACUCGCAGACCGCGAGCGUGGCCUUUCAGAAGGACUUCGCGACCGGCUCCGGCCUCGAGACUCUGUAGCAGUAUUCGCCUUGCGCCUAGCUUCAGCUUCAGCCAGUUGUUGAUCUGCAACUCCUUUACUAGAGAAAAAUCAACAAGGUUCAAAAAGGGAAAGGUGGUUGGCGCAAUACCUAUCGAGCAAGCUGUUGGGAGUAUCAGCCGUGAGCUUAGGCAUCAACUUUGGAUUCAGGAGUUGUUUUGUCCUGGACGGUCUGGAUGUGUACGGUCUUUCUUGGACGCUUGCUUUGCACUCAUAACUAUAGUGGCCUAAUCAACUGUCAGUGAGGCUCGGGUACUGUAUGGGACAGAGCAAACAUAUCUUUCUUAAGACAUUUUUGGCACACGGUGGAGGCUGAAGCCUUGGGAGGCCCCAAGCCUGGAAUUGUGCGGUAUCGAUUCAUUUGAUAAGAAUAGUCUGAAACGUGUCGCAGGGCGCGGUAAAACUUCAGGCACUCAGCACCCUGGAUGUCGACGGGCGUGCAAUUUUGUGUGAAAGGACGAGAAUGUCGUGUAAAGCCUAUUGAAUAGUAUGCAAAUUCCCAACCGGCUUGCCGACUAAUAAGGACAUGUACCUGGUGA